CCUUACAAAUAAGCAUCUUUUAAAUCAAAGCAGGAAAAACGUUAACAUUCAGUAAUCGUUUUGGGGCCGUAAGUAUACCGGGCAAUUAUUAGUUUCCAACAUGAAUUGAAUGACUUUCUUCAUAUUGUGAGCUUAUCAUCACAUAGUUUGGGCGACAACUGAUGACGGAUCACUUUUGAACUGAAUCUACAUAGCAAUUCUUCCAAAUCGAUGAAGUUGGUAACAAUGUAUCAGUGGUGGUCAAAACAGUAACAGUCAAGAUCUUGASAUCAAACAAUGUCAAGUAAAGACUGUCCCGAACCAGCUCUCGAUCUUGCUGCACAAAGCARACUGGAAGGGUUUCCAGACAAGAAUGCCAUGGCAACCAGUCGUUACGYCAUCAGUGGCGUCCAAACCGUCCUCCUUAUUCUUGGACUGGUUGUKAAUUUUAUUAUCUGUUAUGUGAUGGUUAAAAGGCGKAAAGUMAAAAAAAACUUGUCCAAUUUCUUUCUGUUCAACCUGUCUUUGACCGAACUGUUGCUGUGGCUUGUUGUACUUCCGUUGACAAUGAUUGUCAGCAUGUCCAAGGUCCAGUCGACUUUGCCUUGCAAGGUUCUUGCAUUCAGCAUAUUCACGUGUGCUGGAGUCAUCUUUGGUUUGUUGACCGCCAUUGCCAUCGAUCGAUACAUCAAUAUCAUCAACCCUUUGAGGGCAAUUGUCAUGGAGGAACGCAGUCUYACAGCAUUAGCUGUCAUUUGGAUUGUUGCUAUAACAACUUCGACUCCAUUCCUCUUUAGCGUAACCAUGCGUACUGUAUCCAUGGAAUUUGUAUCGUCAGACGUACAUGGAGUAAUCACUGUGAAGAUGUCGAUACAUCAUGGAAGUGACACUAUAAGUUAUCGCACAACAAAUAUCACCAAUAAAAUACAGGCAAAACUGUUAAGAAAGACCGUUGAUUUGGGAAACGGAAGUGGCGUAAUGAGUUUAAACUCGACUGGCAGUGCUAAGUGCAUGUUACCGAUGCAGGUUUGUGAUAUACCAGACAACAUAAAAGGACAAGCAUCAUGUGUAGUGUUCUUCGUGUUGUCGUUCGUGGUUCCUUUGCUGGUGAUCUCAUUUGCGUACAUUAAGAUCGUCCAACGACUUUGGCUGAGGUGCCAAGCCACUGAUGAUCAAGGCACGGCUGCUAAGGCUACUCUUCGUGCAGUGCGUAUGCUUGUGUUGGUAGUUUUAGCGUUUUUAUUGACAGACGGACCAUGGACUGUAGGUAAUGAUUAUAUGACUACAUUGAAAAAUUUAUUGUAAUUCCU